AUGACACUACAAUCAAAGCUUUUUUUUAAUGCAAGACGAAGGUCUGAAGUAAUAUUAUCCAGAUUAUUUUUAACCGAUCAUGUAAAUGCUUAUAAGCAUACUUUACAACAAAAAGAAAAAAUUUAUGCAAAUAAGGAAGAUGUCAAGAAUUAUUUUAACAUUAAAUAUGUUGCCAGUUUUGCAGUCACCGCUUCACUUUUAGGUAUAUAUUUUUACAAUACAUUAGAAAAGGAAACACAGUCAUCUGAAGAAGCAAAGGAUAAUGAAUGUGGAAAAUUAAAGAAAGAUUUACAAACUUACACGCUAGAAGAAGUAGGAAAACAUUAUAAUAAAGAAAAUCGUAUUUGGGUAACUUAUAAGGAAGGAGUAUACGAUAUUACGGAUUUCAUUGAUCGACAUCCUGGUGGUUCUUCUAAAAUCAUGAUGGCAGCUGGAAGUUCAAUAGAACCAUUUUGGUCAAUCUUUGCUAAUCAUAACACACCUGAGAUAUAUGCUCUCUUAGAAUCAAUGAGAAUUGGUAAUAUAUCUAAAAUAGAUGCCAAAUCAAAUAGUAGUGAUUUAAGUGAUCCUUAUGCGAAUGAGCCUACUCGUCAUAAAGCUUUAAAGAUUAAUGGACAGAAGCCCUUUUGUGCAGAAACACCAUCUUCUUUAUUAAUUGAAAGCUUCCAAACACCAGCAGAUCUUUUUUAUGUUAGAAAUCAUCUUCCCGUUCCUGAGAUAGAUUUAAAGACCUAUACAGUAGAGAUAGCUGUAGAAAGUGAUACUAAAAAAACAUUAGAUUUCGAUGCGAUUAAAAAUUAUCCUAAAUAUACGAUAACCAGUACUAUAAUGUGUGGUGGAAAUAGACGUUCAGAAAUGGCAGAGGUAAAACCAUUGAAAGGUCUAAGUUGGGGUGUAGGUGCAGUUGGUAAUUCUACUUGGUCAGGAGCACGUUUGUGUGAUGUACUGAAAGAUUUAGGAAUAAAUGAAGAAGAUUAUGAUCAUGUUCAGUUUGAAGCUCACGAUGUAGAUCCAAGUGGUACACCAUAUGGUGCAAGCAUUCCUAUUAGUAAAGCCAUGGAUCCUAGAGCUGAUGUAUUAUUAGCAUAUGAAAUGAAUGGAGAACCUAUACCAAGAGAUCAUGGUUUUCCAGUUAGAGUUAUUGUUCCUGGAGUUGUAGGUGCAAGAAAUGUUAAAUGGCUUGAAAAAAUAAUUAUUUCUAAAAAAGAAAGUCAAUCGCAGUGGCAGCAAGGCGAUUACAAAGCUUUUUCUCCUAGUACUGAUUGGGAUAAUGUUGAUUUUUCAAAAGCACCAGCUAUACAAGAGAUGCCUGUUAUUUCUGCUAUUUGUAAACCAGAACAAUUAGAAAAAGUUACAAUAAAAGAUGGCAAAAUAGAUGUUAAAGGAUAUGCUUGGUCAGGUGGUGGUAAGAAGAUAAUCAGAGUCGACGUAACAUGUGACCAAGGAAAUACUUGGCACACAGCUGAUCUUGUAGGACAGGAUCUUAAUGCUAAACCAGGUCGAAAUUGGAGUUGGACUUUAUGGAGUAUUAAUCUUCCUGUUGAUGUGAAAUUAAAGGAAGUUGAAAUUUGGGCUAAGGCUGUUGAUGCGUCUUAUAACGUUCAACCGGAAACUGUAAAAAAUAUUUGGAAUUUACGAGGUUUUUUGUGCAAUGCAUAUCACAGAGUAAAAGUUCAAUUAAACUAAUAUGAAAUAGUGAUAAAAUUAUAAGAUAAGUUUUUAGAUUUUUUUAAAAGUAAUCGAUAUUUGUUUUAUAUUAUACA